GAAACGUCCAAAUGCAGCUAACCUUACCGACGCAGAAGCCCAAUGCAUAAGUGCUAAACGCUCGCAGGCCUAUUCAGACACCGACGAAAGUGUGACAGGGAAGUUGGAACGUCGACCGCCAAGCCGCCCGACGCCCACACAGCGACGGUUGCGAGCCCGCGACGCUUGGCCGCCUCCCGACCGGUGCCCGGACCUGCCCAUUUUGAGUGGACUUGCCGCCUGCGUUUCCCAUCCUUCCCAGUUCCCAGAAUCCCAGACUAGCAGCCCCCACGCCCCCGACCUUCAAUUCAGUGCUUUCUGGUAUUCCAGAGAUGGAAGAUAGUAUUGUAAAAGAAGAGACGGCGUUCAGUCUUACACACAAAAAAGAUGAAAGCUUUUGGGAAUGGUAUUCUGAGGUGGUUACUAGAGGUGAAAUCAUUGAACAUUAUGAAAUAUCUGGUCUUUUCACGCUGCGUCCUUGUGCAAUAUCAAUCUGGGAUAUUAUAAAAGGCUUCUUUGAUGCUGAAAUUAAGAAAAUGAAGAUAAAGAACUGCUACUUCCCACUUUUUGUGGCUCCUCUCAAUCAACAAAAACAAAAGGAUCACAUGGAGCAGUUUGAAUCCGUGCUUGCCUGGGUUACAAAAACAGGAGAGUCUGAGGUGGAAAUCCCAUUUGCAAUCCGUCCCUCUAGCGAAGCAAUUAUGUAUCCUUAUUUCUCUAAGUGGAUUAGAAGUCAUCGUGAUUUGCCUUUGAAACUCAACCAAUGGUGCAAUGUUGUGCGCUGGCAGUUCAGCCACCCUACUCCUUUCAUAAGGAGUCAUGAAUAUCUUUGGCAAGAAGGGCACACAGCCUUUGCAACGAAAGAGGAAGCCGAUGAAGAGGUUCUUGAUAUUUCGGAACUGUAUAGAAGGAUAUAUGAAGAGUAUUUAGCUGUUCCCGUCACCAAGGGACAAAAAAGUGAGCUUGAGAAGUUUGCUGGUGGACAAUAUACAACAACUGUUGAGGCUUUUAUUCCGAACACUGGUCAUUGUAUACAAGGUGCAGCCUCACACUGCUUGGGGAACAACUUUGCAAAAGCAUUUGAGAUAUAUUUUGAGAAUACGAAAGGAGAAAAGGAUAUGGUUUGGCAGAAUACAUGGGCAUUCAGUACAAGAGCGAUUGGAGUGAUGAUAAUGGUACAUGGGGAUGAUAAGGGGUUGGUGUUUCCACCAAAAGUUGCGCCAAUCCAAGUGAUUGUCAUUCCUGUGUCUUCCAGGGAGGAUGCCAACUCCCAGGUGAUUUUUGAAGCUUGUGCUGCCACAGUUAAAAAAUUGGUCGAAGCUGGCAUUCGUGUGGAGGCAGAUCUCAGAGAUCACUAUUCUUCUUGCUGGAAAUAUUCCCACUGGGAAUUGAAGGGGGUUCCUCUUAGGAUUGAAAUACAAUCCAAAGACCUUGCCAAUGACCAGGUAAAAGCUGUGAGGCGUGACAAUGGUGCUAAAACUGAUAUUCCGCUGGCUAGCAUAGCUGAUCAAGUUAAAGUUGUGCUUGACGAUAUUCAACAAAACCUUUUUGACAUUGCAAAACAAAAGCGAGAUGCAUGUGUUGAGGUCGUGGAUACCUUGGAUGAGUUUGUGAAUGCUCUAAACAGAAAGAAGGUUGUCUUGGCUCCAUGGUGUGAUGAAGAGGCUGUUGAGAAAGAUGUGAAGGCACAAACAAAAAUGAAAGUGAGCUCAAUAAAAACCAUUUGUUCUCCAUUGGAGCAGCCUGAGCUUAUAAAAGGAAAAACGUGCUUUGCAUCAGACAAACCUGCGAAGAAAUGGACUUACUGGGCCCGAAGCUGUGACAUGAUCGAUUAACAAUGGAUCAGUUGUUGGAUACUUGGAUCUAUGCUAAUUAAUUAAUUUAUUUAUUUAUGAUAAGAGUAAUUUAUUUGUGCUAAUUAGUUAUUCUUUGAUGUGACAAGUCAUAAGUCAUCAUAUAGAGUAUACUUAUUCAAGUAAAAUGAACUUUGUACAUUGCACACAUUUUUACACAAAUUUUCUUUGUCAAAUGAGUUCACGGAAAUAUGUUUCUAUCUAAAAAUCUUU